GUCAUCAUCCGGGUCACUGUUUGUACGCGCGAAAUGGAGUAGGAAAAUAUAAACAUCGUUCAAAUUUGAUGUGAAUGAUCCAAGCGACAGUCGACGCUGGCAAGUGAUGAAGUUGCGUAGUCGCCAGUCGGGCGCGGGGAGCCAGCAGACAGGGUCGAGGAAACGCAAGAGGACACUGGCAGAGACAAAUGAACAGGUCGGCCCCGUGAAAAAGGCAGACAGCAUUUUCACGACACUGAAGAGUCUGAUCUGGUCUACCCCCUCCAGGGAUCAUGAAAAUCAGGGAGAAUAUGAGUCCGCCAGCAAGAGGAAGCGCAAAAACAAAAACAACAAUGAAGACCCGAAUGGAAACCUCAUCUCAUCGACGCCGCUCGUCACAAAGAAACGGAAGCACCGACGGAAGGGUGGGCGACGGAAGCCCCCCAAGACGCCCGUGCGGACAAGUGGCACCAUCCUCGGGGCGCUGUUCUCACCUGUCUUUCAAUUGUUUGACGAGAGUAAUGGCAAAGUGACAGAGACAGAAGUGGAGGAAAUUGAGGAUCUUGCCAGCAAACUCGAGUUGGAGACGGCCAAUGAGUCACAUGACUCCUCAUCAAGCGACUCGGAAGGUAGCUCCCUUGACAGUGGUCAUAUUACAGGCAAAGAGAAUGAGGCGCCAUCUCUUGAGGGGGCGACGCCUGAUAUAUCACAGUGCCAUGCCGUCGAGGAGGAGCCUGUUGCCAUGCAGGUGGCGCCACCGAUGCCAGCGACGACGACGACGACUGGUUACGUCGAGACGACAGAGAUCGAGGAAGAACAACAGUUUGAUGAGUGGGAGACAUUUGAUCCGUAUUACUUCAUCAAGCAUCUGCCGCCGCUGACUGAUGACAUGCGAGCUCACAACCCCGCGCUGCCACUCAAAACAAGGAGUACGCCUGAGUUCUCUCUCGUUCUUGAUCUCGAUGAAACACUCGUCCACUGCAGUCUGAAUCGGCUGAUGGACGCGUCAUUUUCUUUCCCGGUUUAUUUUCAAGAUACAACAUAUGAGGUAUUUGUCCGGACGCGGCCGUAUUUCCGUGAGUUUUUGGAGAAAGUGUCACAAAUGUACGAGGUGAUUUUGUUCACAGCGUCCAAGAAAGUUUACGCGGAUAAACUGAUGAAUCUCUUGGAUCCAGAGAAGAAGCUCAUCAGGCAUCGUCUCUUCCGAGAACACUGCGUAUGUGUCAAUGGUAAUUACAUCAAGGAUUUGAAGAUCCUCGGCCGAGAUCUGUCUAAAACUGUCAUCAUCGAUAACUCGCCACAGGCAUUUGGUUACCAGCUGUAUAAUGGUAUCCCCAUUGAGAGUUGGUUCAUGGAUAAAUCCGACACGGAGCUCAUCAAGUUGAUACCUUUCCUGGAGAGUUUAGUGCAUAUUAACGAGGAUGUGCGACCGCUGAUCAAGGACAAGUUCCGUCUCCACGAGUUACUGCCACCAGAUUAAUCACAUGAUCAUCACCAUAGUAACCAGAGCAAUAUGGCGGGCUGCAUUAUCUUUAUUGUUUUGGAGUCUGCGCUGUGGGAAUGUCUUUGAAUGUUUCUACUCUGUGUAAUUGAGUCAACUUCGCACCAAAUCUACAUCCUCUCCAUCCCCUGACUAAGCGCCCUCUUUGGCUGACUUUGAAACAACUGGUCCGUUGAUAUCGAGAGAGGUCACUACGUGGUCAUCUGUCGCCUCGAAGAUAUGGAGAACGAUGUCGAUAUGGUGCCAAGUUGACGAGUCAGUCGGUCCUCUGUUUGGUUUAACCCUUCCUAGGAGAGAAAACAGAUUCAACCAAUAUUCUGUUGUUCAGUUUUAAAAAAGGCCUGAGUUCAGGUAGCUGGGCUGAGGUCCAUGAUUUGUUAUACUAGCAUUUUAUGUGCAAUUUAAAGAUUGUGUCACCAAGGAAGUUCUGUAUCUGUGCGACUUUUGAAAAGUCUGGUUUCGGCUGAUAUUAUCACGUGUUCAAAAUACGUGGGGAAAUAUUCCUCUUGGUGUCAUAAGUGUCCUGGUAUUUUAUCCUGGUUGUGUAUUUCACCGACCGGAGUGGCAUUUAAGUUAUUAUUUUGUUCUGAUUUUUAAAAUGAGAUUUUAUCGAAAAGUGUAAAUUAUCCAAUUUCUUGAAAAUGUCAUUGCAUGAAUGAAUUUGAACUGGUUUUAACUAGGAAUGGAGGGGGUUUGUGUUUAUUUUUAAAUGUUAUGAAUCGAGCUCAUGAGCAUAAAGUUGGUUGUAUUCUCCUCAAAAACAUGUUUCACCAUCUUGGUUGAGGUAUGAAUCCUGUUAGGUUGAGUUCAGCUGAUGCCCUCACAGUAUGAGCCUCGUCACCUCACUCAUACCAGCUGGCGUAUGAGUCACCUCACUCAUACCGCUGCACUGAUCAGGUCACAAUGUGAGACUCCAGGUGGGAUGAGUUGCUGCGAGAGUUGAUGAUACGUCGUGUAUUCAAGAAUGUUGAUUAUUAUUAGAGUUGUACAUAGUUGUUCAAGGUCAGGGUCACAUUGUACAGGCAGGUUCUUGUUGUGAUCACUUGGUGGCAGCACUGAGUAGAGAUUUAGUCAAUUUCUUGUGAGAGCCAAGGUCACCAGAGGUUUGUAUCGAGCGGCGCGUGAUUAUAAACAACAUAAUUCAACGCAAUGUCUUCUUCAGCGAAUGAAAUGUCUGACCAAGUUGGUUACCAAAUUGUUCUCUGAACAACCUUGCCCUGAUCACGUUGUUGAUUAGUAAGAGAUGUGGUUUUGGUUUAGAGAAUAGCAGAAGAGAAUCGCUAGUCUUGGUUGAAGGUGCCGUGAAUCUAUGGGGAUCAAAGGGGCAUUAGGAAUUAGAAGGAAAUUUACAAUGAAACGAAUUUUAGAGGGACUCUGUAUAAACUAGGUCAAACUAGUUCACCGUUCUACCACCAGGGUUCUUUCCAGAUGUCGAUGAUAAUGCAGACUUUGAAUACAUUUCAUAUCUUUACCUGGCAGAUGACGAUAAAAACACCCCAGGUUAUACGGUGGCGCACCCUGAUAAUGCAGACUUUGAAUACAUUUCAUAUCUUUACCUGGCAGAUGACGAUAAAAACACCCCAGGUUAUACGGUGGCGCACCCUGAUAAUGCAGACUUUGAAUACAUUUCAUAUCUUUACCUGGCAGAUGACGAUAAAAACACCCCAGGUUAUACGGUGGCGCACCCUGAUAAUGCAGACUUUGAAUACAUUUCAUAUCUUUACCUGUCAGAUGAUGAUAAAAACACCCCAGGUUAUACGGUGGCGCACCCUGAUAAUGCAGACUUUGAAUACAUUUCAUAUCUUUACCUGUCAGAUGAUGAUAAAAACACCCUACGUUAUACGGUGGCGCACCCUGUCAGUAUUGGCAGCAGUCGACAAAACGCUCUGUGACAUCAAGUCCCUUUAAUAUUUGUUCGUAUUUGAAAAGGCAGCAUUUGUUUAAAAUGAAACUUAACGGUGAUAUCACCUUUUGAAUAAUUCAAAUUCUUUAAAACUUGUUAAUUUGUUGAUUCUCGUAUAUGACGUGUCGGUACCAUGUGACUUUGUUGUACACUGCCUUGGCAAAGUAGGAAGUCAAAGUGUUGAAAUAAUUGUUUACUAUAUUUAAAUGACUAUGGAAUAUUCAUGAGAGAGACUGGUUAUUGUCAAAGGUUAAAGGUCAUAAUCAAUGAUGUUGUUUGAAUGAUUUGAACCUUGUUUUGGGUCAAAGGUCAUGUUUAGAUUAUGUUGUAAAAUGGACUCCAUCUUGUUUGGGUCAGAGGUCAUAUUCUAAUGAUGUUGUUCUAUGGACUUGUUUUGGGUGUCAAAGGUCAUAUUCUAAUGAUGUUGACCCAGUUGAUAGAUUUUUCCAGUCGGCGUAAGAGUGGGUUGAUAUUCAGUUGGAAGUUUGUGAAGUGUUUAGAGUUACUGAUAAUCUGAUUGGCUUUUGUGUUCAGAAACAUUUUGUUUGUGCCAUGCUUCCAUCAGUCGAGAACAGUAUCGUUCCAUUUCGACUCUGGCGAGCACGGUGGCAGAGAGUCUGACUUGUGAUUGGACGGUUGUGGAUUCGAGCCCGCUCAGUGCCAGUCUGUAUACUCACACCGCACCUGGCCAAGGGUAGAAUGUUCACUCCCUAGCUUCUACAGAACAGUUUCUGGAUUCGGCUGGGGAAUACAGCAGAGACAAAACAUGUGCUCAGUGGAACUGUGCAUUUAACUUCUGCGACGUACGUGUAACAUUGACUGUUGUUAGACGUCUCAUAGCAUUACCCACUCUUACACUGACGGGGAAGGUCAUGUUAUUGUCUAGGUCAUAGUGUAAAGGUCAUAUGUAAAUGAGCAUUAUUUGCAUACAUUAUCAUUAUUUCUAGGUGAAUGGUCAUGGUUUAUAUUCUGGAGGGGGGACCACUUUUGUAAAUUUUAUCAACAAAUUAUAUUAUUUGCCUAGAAAUUUCUCACUUUUAUCUGGCAAAAGCAUACUUCUCUAUAUUAUUUCAGUUGUAAAAAAAUUGUAAAAAUUUGAUACCCACUUGCUAGGCCUAGGUGCUAGUUGCAGAUAGGGAAAGAAGAUUUUUUUAAAAUUCAAAGAAAACAUUUUAAAGAGUUUUGAAACGGAAGAGAUUUUAAUGAAAUGAAAUGCUACUUUGAGAAAAAAAACUUCAAAACUGAAAACUGGUAAAAAAGUUGACAUAAAAGUCAAGUUUUACUGUUGGGGCGAAUGGCCUGAACUAUGGAAGAGAGAUCACUCAAGGCCAUUGUGCAGUUAACUUAUAUGAUAUGGCACUUCUUGCAUCUUCAACUUCACAGAUAUUUCUAAAUCAAGUCAAAUGCGUCUGAUCAUCAGAUGCUGUCCGCUCCAUGGUCGUUCAACCUGUUGGAUGUAAUAGAUUAUAAUCACUAUUAUUUAUGUGAGUCGAUUGAAUGUAUAAACUUGUAAAUACUUGUAAAGACGUCUAAAGGUGUGAAUUGUAUCCACGAUAAAUGGUUUGACGUUUCUCUUUGAGAAAUGCGAAGGAAUGGAUUGUUGGCCGUUAAGGUGACGUUUCUCUUUGAGAAAUGCGAAGGAAUGGAUUGUUGGCCGUUGAGGUGACGUUUCUCUUUGAGAAAUGCGAAGGAAUGGAUUGUUGGCCGUUAAGGUGACGUUUCUCUUUGAGAAAUGCGAAGGAAUGGAUUGUUGGCCGUUAAGGUGACGUUUCUCUUUGAGAAAUGCGAAGGAAUGGAUUGUUGGCCGUUAAGGUGACGUUUCUCUUUGAGAAAUGCGAAGGAAUGGAUUGUUGGCCGUUAAGGUGACGUUUCUCUUUGAGAAAUGCGAAGGAAUGGAUUGUUGGCCGUUGAGGUGAGACUAAUACCUUGGUACCUGUUGUAUACCACUGGCUCAUCCGUCGAGCCAAACCUGACAAGAGGGUUCCCACUCUCAUGAGACAUGACUAACUAUUCCUUAAUCCUUAAAGGGACAACGUCCAACCAUCCAUCUCAUUUAUUCUCUUCUUACUUCUACUUAAUCAAUGCUUUAGAACUGAAGUCGAUGUUAUGAACUCACAUCUUUUGACAUGAGUGCCCCACAUCAAAACAUUUAAGGCCUUCUCUGACGUUUUUCUCCUGAAACCACCAGUGGAACUCCACUCUCCUGUCUAUUGUCCCUGUAUUUCUCGGUGAUGCCCGACUGCAGAAGGAGCACAUUUUGGGGGGAUAUCCGAUGAAAGAUAUUUUUCUUUGCAGUUGCACUCAAGAAUAUUAUGCUACAUGUAUGUCAGAACAUUUCAAAUUAGUCAAAUCAGGCUGAUCUCAUGAUUACUCCUCAGCUGGCUGUGCCAGUGUUUCCAAAUUGAUUCCCACUCAUUCAUGAACAUAGUAACACCGUUACUCACCUUUGUUAUAAGUAAGAUUGUUUUGUUUAGAAUUGUUUGAUAAACUUCUUGGUGGUUUAAAUGCAGUGACUAUUUGUAUGACAGCCAAAUUCUCUUCCAAAAACCUUGAGAAACUGAUGAUCAACUUGGAUAUAUCAAAGGCCAUUUCAAUUCUUUAAAACCAUCCUCCCCUCUUGAGAGUUUGGCAGCUUAUUGGUCAAACGGCAUGAAAGGGGAGUGUUUACACCCCUCCCUCCCCCCCUCCCCCACUCAUCUCAACCCAAAAUACAAACAACCUUUAAUGUUGAGCAGACUUUGGUUAGAAAUAGUAAAAUCCAAAAGCUCCAUAUUGUGAUCACAAUACAAACAACCUUUAAUGUUGAGCAGACUUUGGUUAGAAAUAGUAAUAUCCAAAAGCUCCAUAUUGUGAUCACAAUACAAACAACCUUUAAUGUUGAGCAGACUUUGGUUAGAAAUAGUAAUAUCCAAAAGCUCCAUAUUGUCAUCACAAUACAAGAUAUUAAACAAAACUGUUUUUCGGAUUCGAACUUGAAGAUACAGAACUGCUUAGAGUUUUGCCGUGAUAUGAGUAGGCACUGCGUCUUUCAGUGUUGUCAUGGUCUCCAUGCUGGGGUUGGAGCGUUGUCAUGGUCUCCAUGCUGGGGUUGGAGCGUUGUCAUGGUCUCCAUGUUGGGGUUGGAGUGUUGUCAUGGUCUCCAUGCUGGGGUUGGAGCGUUGUCAUGGUCUCCAUGCUGGGGUUGGAGCGUUGUCAUGGUCUCCAUGCUGGGGUUGGAGCGUUGUCAUGGUCUCCAUGCUGGGGUUGGAGCGUUGUCAUGGUCUCCAUGCUGGGGUUGGAGAGUUUACUAUUUUUUCUGUUUUAAUAGUGAUUUUAUCCUGUUUUAUAUUAUCGUCAGUAUAUGCCUGGACUUCAUCUCAAAACAAGAGUGUAACUGGACACUUCGAUUCAUACCACAUUUCUAAGCCUUGGACGUGUUUACCGUUACGCUGGCCUGACAGAGUGGUGGCAGCAUGGAAGAUGCAGUUAUAAAUCACCUCCCAGAACCACCUGUUAUAUGGUUAUGUGAUAAACUUCAUUAUCAUUAGACUGCUCCUUGAGAGUAGAGAGGUUCCUUAUAGGUUAUGGAGGGUCCAGGAACAGUUUAAAGUUGCCACUAUUGUAACCAAUGAUAGCAUUGUCUGUAGGAAUGAGUGCUUGCAUGUACAACAGUGGGUCUUGGAUUGAGGUGAAGUAACAGAUAUGAAGUCUAUGUAAACUCAAGAUAUAAAAAGUGUUCACUAUAGAAAAAUUGAA